UGGGGUGCACGUGCUCCCGCUCUACUGCUGCUGCCUGGGAGUAUAGAGUCGCACAACAAGCUCGAGCCAGAGAAGCAAUAACGUCCAAUUCGCCGCUGCCCUCCUGUAGUCUCUUUAACUAGCUUGCUAGCUAACUAACGAACUGCAGCUAACGACUGACAACAACUCAGUCAUGAAGGAGCAAACAAGUUUUGUACUUGGGCUUCAACUUUUAACAGCGUGCCUGGUGUUUGGAGUGAACGGUGAUUACUGUGAGGUGAAUGUGUGCACUAAUGGUGGAACCUGUGUGACCGGGGCAGGGGCUCCAUUCAUCUGUAUCUGCCCUGAUGGCUUCUCUGGAGAAACCUGCAAUGAGACUGAGACUGGGCCCUGCAACCCCAACCCAUGCAAAAAUGACGCCAUUUGCGAGGUGACAGGCCAGUCCCGCCGCGGUGACGUCUUCAGCGAGUAUGUCUGUAAGUGCCAGCAAGGCUUCGACGGAGUCCACUGCCAGAACAGUGUCCAAGGGGCAGAAUUAAAUUCAAGAAAAGAUGUGAACGACUGUGCCGGCCAGCCAUGCAAGAAUGGUGGCACCUGCAGGGACCUAGACGGAGAUUUCAAAUGCCACUGCCCAUCCCCUUAUGUGGGCAAACAUUGCCAACUGCGCUGUAUUUCUCUGCUCGGCAUGGAGGGAGGGGGCAUCGCUGAGUCCCAGAUCUCGGCUUCAUCAGUCCGUUACAGCCUGCUGGGACUGCAGCGCUGGGGACCUGAGCUCAGCCGCCUUCACAACAAGGGACUGGUUAACGCCUGGAGCGCCGCUGCACAUGACAAGAACCCAUGGUUAGAGGUUAACAUGCAAAGAAAGAUGCGCAUUACAGGUAUUGUGAUGCAGGGUGCCAGUCGCAUGGGAACAGCCGAGUUCAUUAAGGCCUUCAAGGUGGCAUCCAGCUUGGAUGGCAAGACGUAUACCAUGUACAGAACAGACGGACAGAGGAAGGACAAUGUAUUUGUUGGAAAUGUAGACAACGACAGCACCAAGACCAACCUGUUUGACCCCCCAAUCAUCGCCCAAUACAUCCGCAUUGUCCCUGUAGUGUGUCGCAAGGCCUGCACUAUGCGCAUGGAGCUGGUGGGCUGUGAACUCAACGUGUAUUCAAACACUUCAGGUUGUUCAGAGCCAAUGGGCUUGAAGUCCCGGUUGGUGUCCGACCGCCAGAUCACAUCCUCCAGCACCUUCCGCACCUGGGGCAUUGAGGCCUUUACCUGGCACCCACACUACGCCCGCCUGGACAAACAGGGAAAAACUAACGCCUGGACCGCCGCCACCAACAACCAAUCCGAGUGGCUGCAGGUGGACCUUGGUUCUCCCAAGAAGAUCACAGGAGUCAUCACGCAGGGGGCCAAAGACUUUGGCUCUAUCCAGUUUGUCACAGCCUUCAAAGUGGCUCACAGUGAUGAUGGCGCGUCCUGGACCGUUGUGAAGGACGCAACCACACAGAAGGACAAGAUCUUCCCAGGAAACAGCGACAACAACGUUCACAAAAAGAACAUCUUCGACCCCUCGUUCUACGCCCGGUACGUCCGAAUCCUGCCUUGGGACUGGCACGAGCGCAUCACCCUGCGAAUGGAGCUCCUGGGCUGUGACGAGUAGCACCAGCCUGGUCAAGACUCCCUCCCCCUUCUCCUCCUCUCUGUACCUCCUCGCUUCCCUCCCUCCCUCCCCCCUCCCGAGCCACACCUGCACUGCCUUGCUCUCAGCCCUAGGGGGCAGCAAACACCAGAGUAGCACACUACCACCCCGACCCUGGCUGGUUGCAGGUGGGAGAUGUUACCUUUAACCACUGUUUCCAGGUUCCAGAGUUUAGAUCACAGUGUUCCGUCUUUGUUUGUUUCCUGAAUAGAUUCCUCUUCUUUUCCACCUCAAAUCUGUGAUCAUUUCAAGAAACAACCAUAUAUCUGCUUUGUCACUGAGCAGAGCUCAGGGUCAGAUUUUCCUGCCACCUACUGGCUCAAUCAAAGGUGUUGACUCCCUCAUCCCUGUGUCUAAGGUCAGGGGUAACAGGACUGCUGCUGUAUUAGUUGGUGCUGCCUAGAUUCUGAUCCUAGAUCAGUUCUACCUGGAACAUUGAACCUCCAAGACCUACGGCUGGUGAUGUACAUAAGCUCCACUUGACAGCUUGCUCACAUCCUAUAACCAAACGCUUCACUUCCCAUCAAGCCACACACAAUAUUAUCUUCAAACAAUGAAUCAAUUUUGUUUAUUAUUGCAUUAAUGUGUACGAGGUACAAUUCCAUUGACAUGUUAUCCAUCAUUCAGAUGAUACAUUAAUGCUUACAGUUACUAUUUUUUCUUUACCAAAAAGGGAAUCUACACAUAAGUAAAUAUGAUUGAUAUAUUGGCAAGAAACCUUUAAUCUGUUAAGAAACAUGCUUGUUGCUCUUUGAUGAGGAAAGUAAUACCAAAUAGUGAAAACAGCUCUGUUGAGCAUAUACAAGACUCAAGUUAUCCCACUGUGUGUGUUUUAGUGUUCCUUAUAUUUCUCCGCAGUGGUUUGGACAGUAAAAUCCUCAGUUCAUGUUUCCUACAGUACAUUUCUUUGAACUGCUUUAGAGGGUUAACAUCCAAGAUGUAAACAUAGUAUUCACUCUGCAGCCAACAACAGAAAUGCAAACAUCCCACAUCAUCAACUCAUCUUGUGCCAACGCGCCCUCAGACUUUGUUUCUGUGGGUUUAUAUAGAAAAAUAUAGUUUUAUGGUGAACUGACGCAGACAAACACCAAACAAAAGAUUAUUCACAUAAAUUAUAUUUUAAUGUCAUUGUGGGAUAUGAAGUAAAUGAACCAUCACAGUCAGUCAGUUUAGCAGCCAAACAGAUGUCAGCUCAAGGCCAGAAGAAACGCCCUCAUUGACUCAGGCUGUUAUGAACAAUGGACCAAGAAGAGUUUGAGAUCAUUGUUGAGUGAAAGAAGAAAGGCACUUUAUUGCUUUUGAAGAAAUGCGCCAUUGAUUGAGAUUUACACGUACUGUUGUCAUGAGCUGAUUUGACAUCUUACACAAGAACCUAGCGUUUUCAAGUCUUACAUUAUUCAUUCAGAGUUUUGUUUUAUUUUUUACACGCGACAGCUAUUGCAGGACUCAUGUUGUUGGCUGCUACAACAUAUGUAACAAUUUUCAUGAGGUGGUUAAUUGAAAAAAAAUGUUUAUUGUGUCUUUAGUUAAAUAGUCUUGUCUUUAACAGGCCUCUGAAGUGGAAUGAUUGUAGAAAGAAGCAUGUGUUGAGAUUGUUGUCACCGGAACCAAUUCAGAUGUAGACAUUUCCAAAAUCGUUGGUUUUUUUAAUGCUGUUUUUGAAAUGACAGUAUUAAAUUCAAGACUAUACAACAACUGUCUUCAUUGCUAAUUGGUUAGAAUCAUAAAUGGAGAGAUUAACAAAUAGUGUAGAGGCUGCAAAUUAUACAUUUAUGAUGGAUGUUAUUGUCUCAGGUCAAAGCAGAUCAGCUCCUAAUGUACAGUCAAUGCUACUGAAACAUUUCUGAUUAAUAUACAAACACACACACACACACACACACACACACACACACACACACACACACACACACACACACACACACACACACACAAAGCUGGGCUUCACAUUUUCACCUCUUUUAUGGCACUUUGAUGUUUGUGUUUUGACAUUUAAAGUUUUAGUAUUAAUUCAAACAGUAUCAUUGAAGUGUUUUAAGAGCAGUAAACAUAGAUUACAUGUAAAAGCAUAAGCAAAAGAAAAGAAAAUAUAUACUUGCGGUUCAGUUUCUUUGUUAGAUGAAACUGAGCUUUGAAAGUCUGGGGGAGUCCCUUGCUUUGGUUGUUUAUUGUUUUGUGACAUGACUAUAUACAAUACUUGGAUCUGUCCUUAUUAUUGGAUGUUAAUGUCUGCUGCAACCCAUGUAUUCAGGGUCCAACAUUAUGCCUCCAGUUGAAAGCUGAGGCCCCGCUGAUAAGACUGUAAGAGAGAAACCAAAUUAAAACUGAUUUCUACGGUUCCACUGGACAUGUGACACGACCCGCUAUAUCAUCUGCUUCUGCCGCGCCCGUCACAGUAUUCUAAACCUUUCCACCCCAUGAAUUAUGAAUUAUGGGCUUGUGCAAUAUUAUACUGUGUCAGUUUUGAUAACAAUGAAUAUUAAUUCAAGAUCUUUCAAAAAUGCAUAAGGGGAUAGCGGUGUCCCUGAGAUGUUGAGGAUGGAUGUUGGUGUCAGAGGCUAAAUAAUAUUUAGUAUGUUUGGAGACGAUUCCAUAAGCAGUCACCCUUUUUAUCCACGUCUGCAUGCAUUUUAUUGACUAAUGUUACUUAAGUUGAACCGAUUUUGAAUUUAUUGGUGACUUAGCUUCAUGUAUUUUCUCGGUGUUUAUCAACAUUCAAAGUAUUGUAGAUACCUUGUGUCCCCACUGUUCAGGCUUUUUAUGAUUGAUUCAAAAAACAAAAUGGAUGUUUUUGAUGGUAUUAUCGGAGUUAAUUUCCUGCUAUACUGACUGUUGACCUCAUAGAAGUUUCACUGGAUUUAAGAAAAAAGGAAUAAUUUCAGUAUUGUGUUUCUAAGAGGAUUCCUUUGUUUGGUAUUUGUAUCUUAAAAUCAAGAAUAAAUAAUUUAAAA